AUGUCGCAGAGAGGAUUGCUUUUACUUGGAUAUCCCGCAAGCACGAUUGACUGUGAAAACUCUGAACAAUUGCAAGAAUUAGUGCUGUUUCUGGAACAUCAGCAUAUCAGAUUAUACAAAAUUGAGGACAGAAUUGGGUUGCAAUCAUCAGAUAUUGAAGUAUGGAAGAAAUCUUAUGCAAAGUAUUUGGCCGACUUGAAGUGUCCAUUUUCCUGUGAUAAUGAUUCAGCUCAAGAAAUAGUUGAUUGGCUUCUUUUUCGUGCGAUAGAUUUUUCUUAUCAACAAAUUGCUGACGGGAAGGACCUUACCGCAGAGAAAUUCUAUCAGCUGAAAGCCGAGAAAGAAAAGCGACAAAAAGCAAACGAUCCUCUCAGCACUAUUGACUUUUCUACAGAAGAAGCUAGAAAAGGUAUCGAAGAUCUCAGGGUUACUUUGGGAAUAGCUGCGCAUCCAGAUCCCUCAAUUGUUCUGAAAGCUUGUUGUAAGUUCAUUAUGGAUAAUCUUUCUGAUGAAGCAAUCCAGGUAGCGAACAAAAAGGCGCUAACGCAGAAGAAAACAAUGCCAUUGAGUCUUUGUGAUAUGGGUAUGAUAUCCAGCAAGAAUGGUACUAUUGAUGCUGCUGUACGAGCUUUAAGAUUAAUUCAUCUGGAGAAUUUGCGUGAAGUUCAGACAAAAAUUAAUGAAGCUAUCGUUGCAGUACAGGAAUUAACAGCUGAUCCAAAGACUGAUAAAAGACUUGGUAAAGUCGGACUUUAG